AUGCCCCGGUAUUACUGUGAUUAUUGUGACACUUAUUUGACUCAUGAUUCUCCAUCUGUUAGAAAACAGCACAAUGCCGGUUAUAAACACAAGGCAAAUGUGAGACUCUAUUAUCAGCAGUUUGAGGAGCAGCAAACCCAAAGUAUAAUUGACCAAAGAAUAAAGGAACAUCUUGGCCAAGCUGCAGCUUUCCAACAGGUUGGUGCCGCAUACAAUCAGCAUCUAAUGGGUCAGAGACCCCGCCUUCCUGUUCUUCCAACUCCCGUUAUGCCCAUUGCAGGAAAUAAUGCACCUUUACACCCUGGGUUCAGGCCUCCUGUUUUGCCAAGACCAAUGCCUGGUGCUCCAGGUUAUAUGCAACAUCAAGUAAUGCCACCAAUGAUGGCGCCCCCUGGUGCUCCUUCCUUACCUGGUCAAAUGAAUGGUGUUCCAAGGCCUCCAGUGAUGGCACAGCCAACUGUUCCUGGGAGUACUGCAGCGCCUACUCCCCCUAGUGGUGCCCCCUCUAUGGUUCCACCUGCUACUUACCAAGCAAAUCAAGCAGCAACAACAAGUGGAGGCUAUGACAGCUUCAAUGUGAAUGCCUCAGCCCCUGAAGCCAAUCAUUAG